AUGUAUCGUGAGUCGCUCGAUGUGGCGAGUAGUGAACCACGUCAGGCCCAAUUCUCUGAGGAACCUUUCAGCGAUGAUGAGCUAGAAGUGCACGAAAUUAUUUUCUCCAGUCAGGGUGAGAUAGUUUCAGAACCAACAGAGGACGUACAAGUGCAUUCCCAUACUUACUAUGAUUACUUCCAGCAGGAAUCGAUGCAAGGUAUUUUGGCGGUGUCUGCGGUUGAAGCCUUGGAAUCUCAUGUAGAGUGCAAUGGUCCAUCGAGUGUGCAUGAGAGUGAGCUUUCUAGGGUGGGAUCUCAAUAUGGUCUUUUCGAUGUUCAGGAUAGUGUUGCAAUCGACAACGACCCUCGCUUUGUGCCCCUUGAGGCCCAGCAUCUGGAGGGAGGACCGAUCACACAACAGGUGUUCCAGCUUGACCCUCCUGGUCUCAACAGUUCGGGACCUUCUGUCGAUGAAAGUGACUUAGCGAGAUUGCUGCAGGCGAUGUCUCUUGCUGUAGCGAACGGCAUCAAGAAAGGCAUGCAGAGAGCACUAGAUGUGGUUGUCAAACAGAAGUCUCACUGCAGGAGCAGUGAGAGUGCUGACACGCGUCGCAAUGUCACUGGAGGAUCUGCGAAAAUGGAGUUCGACGAAGAUGAAUACUUUGGAGACACUGAACAUCAUGAACGUCCCGCUGCACGAACGAAAUGUCGGAGAGGUCUGCGGAGCAAUAACGUGUUCAAUGCACGAUUCAGGCAGUACCUGGGAAUUAAGGGCAUUCUGCCUGCUGAUGGCAGAUAG